CUUGCCCAGUGUCCUGAGUCCGGUCGCAGCAGACGCCAUGGGUACCCAGGCCGGGUACUGGGACAACUUUGUUUCAUUUACACUGAAUGGAGAGAUCCAGAGAGUAUCCUCACUUCCCGGAGACACAUCUCUCAACACUUACAUAAGAGAAUAUGCAAAGCUGAAGGGCACCAAGUUCAUGUGUCGAGAAGGAGGAUGCGGGGUUUGUGUAGUCAGUCUACAGUUUACUCAUCCUGCCACGGGUCAGCAGAGAGUCGUUUCUGUUAACUCUUGCAUGUUUCCUGUUUAUGCUUGCCAAGGAUUCAAAGUAACAACUGUGGAAGGCAUUGGGAGUAAGGCUAAAGGUUAUCACGAAAUCCAAAGUAGACUUGCUCACUUCUACGGUACCCAGUGUGGCUACUGUUCUCCAGGAUGGGUUAUGGGUAUGUACAGCCUUCUAGAAUCCAAUCCAAAAGCUACCAUGAAAGAAAUCGAAGACUCCUUUUCAGGGAAUCUUUGCCGUUGUACUGGAUACAGACCGAUACUUGAUGCUUUCAAAUCCUUUGCUUCUGAUAAAAGCAGUGAGCUGGAGAAGAAGGUCACAGACAUUGAGGAUUUACUAAAAGUCUGUCCCAAAAGUGGCAUUGUGUGCCAUGGGAAGUGCAAAGAUGAGCAAGCCAAGAGAGGCCCUUAUGACUGCGUAGAAAAAAACCAGCAAAGAUGACGUGACAUUGAGUUCCUGGAAGUAGCGCUGGCUUUAACGUCACUGAGACUCGAACUCCGGGGUGGGUCUCAAUGGUACAAAGUGUCUCAGGUGGAUGAGAUAUUUGAGAUAUUCGGGAUGGUAGGUGGUUCCUACAUGCUUGUGGGUGGAAACACUGCUCAAGGAAUACUGAAGGACAGGCCGCCUCCCGACGUGUACAUUGACGUAAAUGGAGUAGGAUUUUUGAAAGCCCACUCGUUCUACUCAAACAACUUGUACGUCGGGGCAAACACCACCCUGUCAGACGCUAUCGUUCUGUUCAACGCUGUGGCGGAGGAGAACCCCGGAUACUUCUCCUACUUGAAACAGCUGGCCAACCACAUAGAGAAAGUUGCUAACACGCAUGUUAGAAAUGUGGGAACGAUUGCUGGAAACCUAUCGAUAAAACAUCAGUCCAGAGAGUUCCAGUCUGACAUAUUCUUGAUACUUGAAACUGUGGGCGCUAUUGUAUCAAUUAGAGGGGAUAAUGAAGCAAUCACAUUAAUGUCACUGCCGGCCUUCCUAGAGACUGACAUGUACAAGAAGGUGAUCCUGCAGAUAGUGCUACCGCCACUGAAUGCCAAUUGUUACGUCGUAAAAACAUUCAAGAUUGCUCCCAGAGCUCAAAACGCUGUUGCCUAUGUCAACGGUGGCUUCAGAUUUUGUGUAACGAAAGAAGAUGGUUUCCGAGUGGUAGAACAUCCAAAUAUAGUGUUUGGAGGAAUAAAUCCCUCUUUUAUCCACGCUUACCUGACAGAAAACUACCUGAAUGGCAAGCGUCUACUGGACGUAUCUACCUUACAGACGGCUCUAGGUAUUCUCAGCAAGGAAGUACAGCCAGACUACAGACUACCGGACUCAAAACCUCAAUUCCGGAGAGGCCUCACUCAGGCUUUGCUGUACAGGGUAGUCCUGAGCCUGAGUCCCAACAAUGUGAAGUCCCAGUUCCGCAGUGGAGGAGAAGAUAUCGCGAGACCAUUGUCUUCAGGCAAACAGGAGUUAGACACAGACAGCGAUAUACCUCCACUCUACCAGCCGUUCCCCAAACUGGAAUCACAUAUUCUAUGUUUCCUGAGCCUGAGUCCCAACAGCGUGAAGUCCCAGUUCCGCAGUGGAGGAGAAGAUAUCACGAGACCAUUGUCUUCAGGCAAACAGGAGUUUGACACUGACAGUACUAGACCUCCUCUCUACCAGCCUUUCCCCAAACUGGAAUCACUUAUCCAGUGCUCUGGGGAAGCAGAGUACGUGUAUGAUAUUCCGACUGUGGGAAGUGAAUUGUACGGUGCCUUCGUUAUCACUAAACAAGGACCUGCAACUUUAGACGGCUUGGACCCUUCUAAAGCCCUUAAAAUACCAGGUGUAGUAGCCUUUUUCUCCGCCAAAGAUAUUCCCGGGGAAAACACUUUCACACCUUCACACCUUUUCAUUCCGGACAAAGAGAAGCUGUUUGCUGAUAGUGACAUUCUGUUUGCUGGUCAUCAAGUUGGAGUAUUGGUGGCCAAAACUCAGGAACUCGCCGACUUUGCUGCGGAACAUGUAAUCAUCCGAUACAAGGACAAAAAGAAACCAGUUCUUGAUGUUCGUGAGGUUGUAAAGAACAAGGACACCUCAAGAAUGUUCCUAAGGGCUACAAGGCCACCGAUUGUUCCAAUACCCGUUGUCUCUAAAGUAAUUAAAGGAGAGUUUAAAAUGGACACCCAAUACCACUUUAUGAUGGAGACUCUCUCUUGUGUGACAAUCCCGACGGAGGAUGGACUUGACGUCUACUGUACAACGCAAUGGCAACAAGUUGUCCAGGAGACGAUAGCGUUGGUACUCAACAUCCCCGAGAACAAUAUAAACAUGAAGCUUCGGCGUUUGGGAGGAUCUUACGGCGGAAAACUGACAAGAGGGAACUUGAUUGGAGGAGCUUGCAGCCUGGCCGCGUACCUUCUGCAGAGACCGGUCCGUAUGGUGGUCAAACUGGAGACUAUGAUGGAGGCUCUCGGCAAGAGAUACCCUUGUUAUUUCGAUUACGAGGCUGGAGUGAAUGCUGAAGGGGCGAUCCAAUAUUUGAACACAAAUGUCUACGAGGAUUCUGGCUCAGCAUUCAAUGAUCCUGUUACUAUUACGUUUCUGUUUCCCUCUUUUACUAGUGUGUAUGACUCAAAAUCGUGGGGGGCAAAGAUGUACGAUGUAAAGACUGACAAACCAUGCAAUAUAUGGACAAGGUCACCAGGCACAGUGGAAGGUGUAACUUUGCCUGAGCACAUAAUGGAACACAUAGCCCACGAGCUCGGCAAGGACCCGCUGUCUGUCAGGAUGCAGAACUUGAACAAAUUGUAUCCUACUGAGGGAUUGAUCAAAUUAGUGAAAGAGAAAUCAGACUAUGAGACACGCAAAGCUGCAGUUGAGGAGUUUAACAAGAAUAACGUAUGGAAGAAGAGAGGAAUAUCGCUGGUGCCCAUGUCAUUUCCUCUAGACACUCUCUCUAACUACCAUGCUACAGUGUCUGUGUACAGAAACGACGGAACCGUGGCCAUCACACAUGGAGGGGUGGAAAUGGGACAAGGUGUCAACACCAAGGCCGCCCAAGUCUGUGCCUCAGCUCUAGGUAUAUUCCUGGAGAAUGUCGUGGUGAAACCUACAAACAACCUAACGUCCCCCAACAAUGGACCUUCAGCCGGCAGUUUUACAAGUGAAAGUGUCUGUUUUGCAGUAGAAGAAUGCUGCAAGAUGAUCAAUGAGAGGCUGGAACCUAUUCGCAAGGCAUUGGUAAAUCCUACUUGGCCUGCCCUGAUACAGGCCGCCUACACAGCACAGGUCAACCUCAACGCUUCAUACAUGUUUUCUCCAGCUACGGACAUCAAACAUUACAGAAUAUUUGGAGCUACCGUUCUAGAAGUGGAAAUCGAUAUUUUAACUGGAGAACAUAAGAUUCUUAGGGUGGAUAUUCUCGAAGAUGCUGGCAAAAGCCUGAACCAAUUUGUGGACAUAGGUCAAAUAGAAGGGGCCUUUGUCAUGGGCCUGGGUUACUGGACUUCCGAGGAGAUGAUCCAUGACCCUGACACUGGGAGGAUGUUGAACAAUAGGACUUUGAAAUAUAAGGUUCCUGGUGCAAAGGACAUCCCAAUUGAUUUUAGAACUUACAUUCUAAAAAAUGGCGACAACCCGCUUGGAAUUUUGAGAUCAAAAGCGGUGGGGGAGCCUCCCCUGAUUAUGUCCAACUCGGUGCUGUUUGCCAUAAGGCAGGCCCUCAGGUCGGCCCGCAAGGACGUGGGGCUGCCGGACCAGUGGCUACCGAUGGACGCACCAUUUACAGGGGAGAACAUAUUCCUGAGCUCAGGCAUCGACGCUGGAAAAUACCUUAUAUGAAUUUUGAAAUUGAAAACUAGUGGAUAGCUCUAAUACGCAAUUGCAUAAGCCAAUUUUAUAAAAUUAGUUUAUAAAUAUAAUGCCAGCAAGGAAAUAUAGUAAAAGAUUAGAUCCUUUUUUUGUGUUUAGAUUUAAUUAGAAAUAUGGUAUAGACAAUAAAUAACGUUUAGGUUAGAUAUUAGUUUUCUUCUGUUGUGUAUUCGAGGCCAGCCAUUGUCUCAACCCGUAGUUUAAUACUAAGAUUCUUGUUUUAUGAAUUUUACAAUUUAAACCUGAAUGGAACUUGAAAUAAAAAUAACGUUGGCAUAACUUGACUAAGCAAUGAAGAAGGCUCAAAACUAUUUUCAGGUCCAAGUGUUGAUGCAGCCGAGGUGUAUCGUUUUCUUAUCUAUAUGCCGCCUCUCUUUCUUAUCUGUAACAGCCACUCCGCUAAAUAUGCCGUUGUCUUUCUCUCUACUGUUACAUUUGUUUUAUAUUGACCCAAAAAAGUAAGAAAGAGUUCUGUCUCUAAUUAUGUACAGAAAUUAUAUUAGUUGGUAAAUUGUCUAAAUAAAAAAUAUUGUUCAGUGUACGAGCAAAGCUGUAUCGCUCACGUUAUCUGGCACUCCAUUUAAAUAAAUCCACACACACACACACACACACACACACACACACACACACACACACACACACACACACACACACACACACACA